UAUCUCAUUGACAUUGAGUUUCUGCGCAGAAUAUCGACAGUCUAAUUAAAAUCUACAUUAAAAACAUAUAUUUCUCGGAGUUUGUGAAUCUUUUAAAAUGUUAACCUCGAUUGUAUAUUAUUACGUUUUGUUAUUUUUUAUGACAAGGAUAAUUCCUGGUCAAUUAAAUUGUUCUUGUGAUCAACCGGAAUCAGACUUUGCAACUGGCGUCAACCUGGUCUAUUAUAAAUGUAAUAAUGAAACCCCUGCAACUAUUGCUUAUCCUAUCACUGCGCCAGAAGAUAUGUUAACGAUGUUAGAUAAAAAUAAACAAACAAUCUUUUACAUUUUUGGAUAUUUGCAAAAUCUAGAAAAUGAUAAUGUUAGAUUAAUAACAAAAGCGCUUUGUUACGGAAGAACGGAUAACGUUAUAUUACUUGAUUGGAGCAAAUAUUCCAAAGGUCUUUAUAUGACUGUUUUUCAAAAUGCUGAAAAAAUUGGGACAUUAUUCGCUAAAAGUAUACAAAAACUGAAAGAGUCUGAUCUAGAUGUAAGUAAAAUUUAUAUCAUUGGGCACUCGUUGGGUGCACAUAUAGCUGGUUUUGUCGGUAAAUGCAACAAGGACUUUAAGAUACCUCGCAUUACAGCAUUAGAUCCUGCAAACCCUAUGUUUUAUCCUUUUGGAUGUUAUCUUACAAAUGAAGAUGCAUCAUGGAUUGAUGUUAUUCACACGGACAUGGGUGGAUAUGGUACCCCAACAUCUAUGGGAACUGCGGAAUAUUACGCAAACGGUGGAACUCGUCCUCAACCCGGUUGUCCAUUAAUGGGAAUACCAUUAAGCGACAAAGCUCUCUGCAGUCAUCAAAGAUCAGUUGAGCUGUACGCGGAAUUGAAAUAUUUUCCUAACAAAUUUAUGGCGAAACGAUGUUCUUCAGAUUUUAAUUACAAUUCGAAUGAACAUGAAGUGACUGAAAUUGGAUAUACAGCAUCAAAUGUAACUGGAUCAUUUUGUUUUGAAACAGGGGAACAGUCAUAGUAAGAUUAUAUUUUUAAAUAUCUGUUAUAAUGCGAUAAGAAUAUGUUUAUAAUUGUAAUAAACGAUAUAC